AUGGCGGAAAUAAUCAAAGGAUCGGAUUUGUUACACAAUGACCAAUUGAGGAGGAAAUUAAAGGCUCACAUUGAAAUCGAUUGCCUGGUUGGAAUGCCAACCGAAACGGUUUACGGAUUAGGAGGGAACUCACUGAGCGAGAAGUCGCUAAGAAAGAUAUUUCAGAUGAAGAAUAGGCCCGUAAGUGAUCCCAUCAUCUCUCAUGUGCACGACAUAAACCAAGCGUUUCAUCAGCUGUACCAUGUGAACAUGUUUGAGAUGUUUACUAUAUAUAUGUUAAGUAAAUAUUUUUGGCCUGGCCCCUUGUCCAUAAUUGCCAAGGCAAAAAAGGAGGUGCCCUUAAUCCUGACGGCGCACACAGGGUUCUGCGCUGUAAGAAUGCCAAGGAACAACAUCGCCAUGGAGAUUAUAAAAGUGAGCCAAGUGCCAAUCGCAGCUCCGUCCGCCAACAAGUUUCAACACAUCAGUCCUACCACUUCUGCUCAUGUCUUCCAAGAAUUUGAAAAUGAGAACAUUCUCAUCUUUGACGAUGGGCAGUGCGACAUAGGCAUUGAGUCCACUGUUUUGAAGCUGGUCAAGUAUAAGAAGGAACGGGUCGGAAAGCCUCAACGGCUGAGAGGAGGGGGUGAAACUUGUGAAGCGAUCCAACAGAAGGAUCUUCCCCAACCAGAAGAAGUCACCACGGAUGACGAAUACGAGAAGGAAUGCACAGACAAAAUGGAAUUUUUGCGUAGAGUUACGGGAACCCCCAUGUCAAACACAGACGUGGAAGUUUACGACAGGUUGAAAGGUCUGUUUGAGGCCAUUGCACGCGGGAAGGGACUGCAGGAAGACGUGUCAGGAAUGGGAGGUGAAUUACCAAAAACGAGUGAACCCACCCUGUUGGGAAAAAUACUCAAGUACAAGAGCCUGUACGACUAUCGUAUCCGAAUUUAUCGGAGGGGAAAGUACACGAAAGAGGAGAUAGAGGAAACCCUCAAAUCCUGUCCCCUCCUCAGAGACAUACAGGUCGAGUUGUACGAAAAGAUCAAGUUUGAAAAUCUGGCCAUUUUCCGCGGGGAGGGAGGUGGCCAAUGCGGUGAUGAAUUGAGUGCCGAAUGGAAACAGCCACUAAACGUGUCCUUGAACGGCGCGCUAAGCAGUUGCCAUUCCAGCCAUUUAAGUGGCAACGUUGUGGAGGAGGCGGCGCAGAAUGAGGUCAGUCCGGGCCUUCUGCUCACGCACUACAGCCCAGUCGUGUCGACGUACUUGCUGGACAGGGUGGUCGAUGGAGGAGACCAAAGUGGAUCAACGAAUAAGAAGCCGAUUGCCAGCAUCUGCUUGGCGAAGUGCGUCCUUCUGGACAUCGGCAACUCUUUUGAGCGGCACGAAGGGAACUUUCUGAAAUAUAUUAACAUCUCAUACGAAGGAGUGCACACCAAAGAAGAACAGACGAAAUUGGUGAUGAAGAACUUUUUCCUUCUUUUGAGACAAGCAGAAGAGCUAGCCAUAGAACACAAGUCUGAGGGAAUCCUAAUUUCGAUCGUAAAUUUAAAGUGCGUCGAUGAGGGCAGCCUCUCCAUCUUUGACAGGAUUUUCAGGGCAGCUUCUGGCAGAGUACUGCAGGUGGCCGUGCCUGAGACAGGGCCGCUGCCCCUGGUUUAG